AUGGAAAUACAAAUGAUCAGGGAUAAAAAAGAAGGUAUGAAAGAAACAAUACUCUCGAAGUAUGCAAGCAUUAACAAGAAAUCAUCUAAGUGGAAGUCGCCAUUUAGACAGGGUGGAUUGAACCCAGAGAAACGAGGAAUCAAUACAAUUGAUGUAGGAAAUGUUGAAGUGAAUAAGAUAAAGUUACCUAAACGGAAAUUAGACGCAAAAGGUAAAGUAAAAAAGCUUAAGGAGAAGGUAGAGGAUGUUGUUGAUGAUGCAGUGGACAAACUCCAAGGUGUUGACCCAAAACUAAUGAAUGGCUCUAAUACGGAUAAAAAUAACGAGGAGGGAGAGUUCUUCAACACAGGAUGCAAAGGAAGAAGGGUUGAUCAAAAGCGAACCAACGAAGGCGAAAAAAACUCGUUGAAUAAGAGCAAGGUUACCAGGAGUCAUGUAUCGGUUGGAGUUGGUGCAGGAUUAGCACUAACUGAUGCCCAGUUAGUGGCUAUUGCUCAGAAGCGUGUUAAACCACUUUUGAGUGAGGUCGAUGCAUACGUGAAGAAGCAGAAUGAGGCCGAUACUGAGCAGAAAAAGCAGGAACAUGCAGAAUUUACUGAAAGAGAUCAAACAAAAGUUAAAAGGCUUUUGGGAAGGUAUAAAACUAAGAUUUCCAAGCAAAAUAAAAAACUCGAGGAACAACAUAACAGAGAGAUCGAGGUGAUUGAUGUCAAGGAACAACAGAGUAGCAGAGAAACCAAGAGAUAUCUUGCCAACAAGAAGCAGGAAAUCUUAAAGGAUGCAGAGGAUGCUAAAGUAGUUGAAGAAGAAGCAAAAAAGUUGCAUGAAGAUCAAAUUCAACAGAUUAUACCCGACGCAGAGAAUAUGAAAAAGCAAAAAUCAGAUCGGUUGGAUGAUGUCAAAGAAACAGAAAAGAAGGAAACUGCUGAUACUGCCAAAUUUGAUGAAGAUGGUCAUGCAUUACAACAACAGGCAGAUGAAAAAGAAAAGGAGUUACGGGAUAGGAACUCACAAAUUGAACAGAUAGUGGAGAAGCUCAAAGCCGCUAUUAGUGCAAGGCAUUCAAGUGUUGAUGAAACUCAGAAAUCAAUCUCUAACAAUAAUGUGUUGAGAAGUCAUUUGAGCACAAUUAAAAAACUUGUUGAAGAGCAUAAGGAAAAAUUAAAGGAUCUCUCUAAAAUAUCUAAGGAAAAACUUUCAGAACAACGUAGAGAAGCGAUAACUGCUAAAGACGACUGGGAGAAAUAUUCAAAGGAGGUCAGAGAAAGGGAGGCUAAAAGGCAAGAAGAGAUCAGAGUUCAAAAUGCAGAGAAGAGAAAAAGACUGAAGAAAGAAGUAGAGCUAAAAAGGGUUCAAGAUGAGGAAAAUAGGAAGAUUGAACUUUCAUCAAAGUCCGCUCUUAAUGCGAAGCGUUCACCUAUGGUUGGUCAUGCUGGUAUGAUUACGGGAGCGAAGCUUUCAAUGCCCCAAGCUCCUAAGGAGAACAUUAAAGCUGAGAGAUCUACUGCAACUUCUACUGACGACAACCCUGUUGUCGUUGGAAAGGAAUCGAACAAUCUCGCUACUUCCAGAGUGACAGUUCCUGAAAAUAUGGAAGCACUGAGCAUGUUAAAUUGUCCGUUGCCCGUGGUCGAACCUGAGAAAUUUGCAGUUUCUGAUUCACCAAGUUUAAAUGCUGGUGAAAAGGAUUAUCAGAAACUUACUGGACGCAAUCACACGGAGUCCAAGCGUCAUACGACGACCAGGCAUCGUAACAUCCCUUUACAAGCAGAACAUGAAGAUGAUCGAGCAUUACUCAACUCGUCAUUGGAUGGAGAAGUCAAUCACUCUAAGUUACCUCAAGUUACUUCACCUCAUGAUACUUUGGCGGACAAAUCCGAAUCCUCUGGCCAUAAGAUAUCAUUUCAAGUGAUUCCUGCGACUUCUGCUGGUGGAAAAGUGAAGACCGAGAAGGGUUCAAGCCGUUGGAACAAGUCCAAAUUCUCUUUCUUAGAGCCUUUUAGGACUGGAACUCGUUUAUCAAGAAAACAUACUUAUGAUGAUCUUGUGAAUGGGGACACCCGUUCCUCGGUGCCGUUGAUUAACAGCACUCCUAGCAAAUCUUCUGCUUCUGAGGGUACCUAUAUGGUUGCUUGGAAGAAGCCACGGAUUUUUCAAGUGUUGUCAAGCGACAUUUAUCUCGUAGCUAAUCCGAAAGGUUACAAACAAGCGAUGUGCAGCAAGGACGCUGCAAAAUGGAAGGCAGCAAUUGAUGACUAG